GCUUUCUGAGAGGGACGCGCCAGCGGAGGGGCGGCCAGGGCCCGGCCUCUCCUGCUCCCGUCCCGCCCCUUCCCCAGCACUGGCCCCUAGUCCGCCAGAGGGCGACUCCGCGCGUCCCGGGCUCGCCCAACCCGCGAGCCCGUCCACGCGGCACCCGCCUCUCCCUAGGCCCCAGCCCUGCCGGCCCGCGCGCGCCCGACGGGAGCGUGCGGGGCGGUGGGCGCAGGGUCACGUUGGGCGGCGUAGACAAAGGCGGGCGCGCGCACGUCUUGACGCAGCCUGGGCCCGCGGCGGCGGCAAGGGCGGGAGGGAGCGGUCGCCGCGGGAUUUGGAGCUGCCUCGCCUCGCGGUCGCUUUGGCAGCAUGUAAGCAGCUGUUUGCCAAGAACCCAGGUCACUGCUAAGAAAGGGAGCAUUCGGGAGAAGAGUGUCCAGAGGAAACCAAUGCCAGAUGCAUCUGGAGUUACACUCAGCACUUGCAAUAUGAGACAUUGUGUGCCAGCAUCUCUUUCCUUCUGGCAAAGACUGUAGCUCUCCAGGUAGGAGGGUCCUGGAAGCUGUGAGCACCAGGAGCCUCGCCAGAGGAGGAUGGGGCCAGAUACGAACUCUCUACCAUGAACAUGGUUCUCAGCUUAUGAAGGAAUUUUAAGUGAAACAAUUAUUUAAUUUCCACAUAUUCAAGUUCAAAAGCCUUCUGUGUGAAGUGCCAGUGAUUACCCCUCCACAGGAGUUAUCAGGAUUUUUCUGGCACCAAGUUGAACUCUUCUUGGUACUUCUGGUAGUGACAGAUCUGCAGGACAGAUUUAUCUGUUGAAUGCUCUUGGGCAGGAAAACCGUGUAAAACCUCUGGAAGCAGCAUCAGGACAGCAGAGCAGAGCCCCCGUCCUCACUGCUCACUUGCACAGAAACUCCAUCUGGACUUGGAUUCUUUUACUGAACACCCAUCGAGCUUCAUUCAUCUUUAGAGUCCAUCCGUUCUGGGGAGACCUGGCAUUUGCAGCUGCCUCUUGUGGCUGUGUUUUUCUGUCAUUCUGUUCCCAGGCCUUCUAUUCAGGCGGUUGAAGGGUGUGGACUUUGGAAUGGGGUUUGCUGUUCUUCGGGAACUUGCUUCCUUUCCCUGGCUGGUGCUGUCGGGAAGGACCAUCUGAAGGCUGCAAUUUGUUCUUAGGGAGGCAGGUGCUGGCCUGUUCUGGAUCUUCCACCAUGUUCCUGUUGCUGCCUUUUGAUAGCCUGAUUGUCAACCUUCUGGGCAUCUCCCUGACUGUCCUCUUCACCCUCCUUCUCGUUUUCAUCAUAGUGCCAGCCAUUUUUGGAGUCUCCUUUGGUAUCCGCAAACUCUACAUGAAAACUCUGUUAAAAAUCUUUGCGUGGGCUACCUUGAGAAUGGAGCGAGGAGCCAAGGAGAAGAACCACCAGCUUUACAAGCCCUACACCAACGGAAUCAUUGCAAAGGAUCCCACUUCACUAGAAGAAGAGAUCAAAGAGAUUCGUCGAAGUGGUAGUAGUAAGGCUCUGGACAACACUCCAGAGUUUGAGCUCUCUGACAUUUUCUACUUUUGCCGGAAAGGAAUGGAGACCAUUAUGGAUGAUGAGGUGACAAAGAGAUUCUCAGCAGAAGAACUGGAGUCCUGGAACCUGCUGAGCAGAACCAAUUAUAACUUCCAGUACAUCAGCCUUCGGCUCACGGUCCUGUGGGGGUUAGGAGUGCUGAUUCGGUACUGCUUCCUGCUGCCGCUCAGGAUAGCGCUGGCUUUCACAGGGAUUAGCCUCCUGGUGGUGGGCACAACUGUGGUGGGAUACUUGCCAAAUGGGAGGUUUAAGGAGUUCAUGAGUAAACAUGUUCACUUAAUGUGUUACCGGAUCUGCGUGCGAGCGCUGACAGCCAUCAUCACCUACCACGACAGGGAAAACAGACCAAGAAACGGUGGCAUCUGUGUGGCCAAUCAUACCUCGCCGAUCGAUGUGAUCAUCUUGGCCAGCGAUGGCUAUUAUGCCAUGGUGGGUCAAGUGCACGGGGGACUCAUGGGUGUGAUUCAGAGAGCCAUGGUGAAGGCCUGCCCACACGUCUGGUUUGAGCGCUCGGAAGUGAAGGAUCGCCACCUGGUGGCUAAGAGACUGACUGAACAUGUGCAAGAUAAAAGCAAGCUGCCUAUCCUCAUCUUCCCAGAAGGAACCUGCAUCAAUAAUACAUCGGUGAUGAUGUUCAAAAAGGGAAGUUUUGAAAUUGGAGCCACAGUUUACCCUGUUGCUAUCAAGUAUGACCCUCAAUUCGGCGAUGCCUUCUGGAACAGCAGCAAGUAUGGGAUGGUGACGUACCUGCUGCGAAUGAUGACCAGCUGGGCCAUUGUCUGCAGCGUGUGGUACCUGCCUCCCAUGACUAGAGAGGCAGAUGAAGAUGCCGUCCAGUUUGCAAAUAGGGUAAAAUCUGCCAUUGCCAGACAGGGAGGACUUGUGGACCUGCUGUGGGAUGGGGGCCUGAAGAGGGAGAAGGUGAAGGACACGUUCAAGGAGGAGCAGCAGAAGCUGUACAGCAAGAUGAUCGUGGGGAACCACAAGGACAGGAGCCGCUCCUGAGCCUGCCUCCAGCUGGCUGGGGCCACCGUGCGGAGUGCCGACGGGCUCAGAGCUGGAGUUGCCACCGCCGCCCCCACUGCUGUGUCCUUUCCAGACUCCAGGGCUCCCCGGGCUGCUCUGGAUCCCAGGACUUCGGCUUUCGCCGAGCCGCAGCGGGAUUCCUGUGCACCGGGCGCAGCCUGCCCUUGGUGGUCUAAACGGAUGCUGCUGGGUGUCGCAACCCAGGACGAGAUGCCUUGUUUCUUUUACAAUAAGUCGUUGGAGGAAUGCCAUUAAAGUGAACUCCCCACCUUUGCACGCUGUGCGGGCUGAGUGGUUGGGGAGAUGUGGCCACCGUCUUGUGCUAGAGAUGGCGGGACAAGAGUCUGUUAUGCAAGCCCAUGCGCCAGGGAUGUGCUGGGGGCGACCACCCGCUCUCCAGGAAAGGCACAGCUGAGGCACUGUGGCUGGCUUCAGCCUCAACAUCGCCCCCAGCCUUGGAGCUCUGCAGACAUGAUAGGAAGGAAACUGUCAUCUGCAGGGGCUUUCAGCAAAAUGAAGGGUUAGAUUUUUAUGCUGCUGCUGAUGGGGUCACCAAAGGGAGGGGAAGAGGCCAGGUGGGCCGCUGACUGGCCCAUGGGGAGAACGUGUGUUCGUACUCCAGGCUAACCCUGAACUCCCCAUGUGAUGCGCGCUUUGUUGAAUGUGUGUCUCGGUUUCCCCAUCUGUAACAUGAGUCGGGGGGAAUGGUGGUGAUUCCUACCUCACAGGGCUGUUGUGGGGAUUAAAGUGCUGCGGGUGAGUGAAGGACACAUCACGUUCAGUGUUUCAAGUACGGGCCCACAAAACGGGGCAGGGCAGGCCUGAGCUCAGAGCUGCUGCACUGGGCUUUGGAUUUGUUCUUGUGAGUAAAUAAAACUGGCUGGUGAAUGAA